AUGAAGGAGAAAAACAAGACAGUUGCCAAGCCUGAUGACAGAAGUUUUUCUCCUAUGAAUGAAAUACCAAACCUUCCCAAAAGCCGAACUCCUUGGUCUACUUCUCAGGCUUCCGCUUUUCGUAAUUUUGGGUCCACUCCAACUUCCGGUUUAACUCCAUCCAGUCCUCGCUUUUAUUCCCCACGGUUCGGAAGUCAGAUGUGGAAUAGGCCAGUUCAAUAUGGUUCUCUCCAUCAAAGUAGUUCGUUCUCCAAUUACCCUAUGAUGGCAGCAAGGGUUGGUCAGAGUUCUCUAUCAGCUUCUGCUGAAAACAACAUGCGUUUCAGGAACCAUUCUUACAAGAUCUCACAACCAACAAGUAACGUAGCUCCCAAAGCCAAAGAAAAUGAAAGAAGGCCUUCAAUCCAAGGAACCAACAUGAAAGGAUCAACAAGGAGUGUGACUAUUGAAAGCAAGGAAACAACUGUUACAUGCAAUGAUAAUAAGAAUAACGGUGGAUCAACAAAGCUGCUGGAUAUUUCUUCAACUAAGCAACAACACUCCAGGACGAUGCCUGGAACUGGUAACUUUGAAGCAAAUCCAAGUGAUCUGAAUCAGAACUUGCGUAUAAAAGCAUCUUCCGCUAAACCUCGACUUGAAGAGGAAAGCGAUGAUACAAAAGAACAAAGAAAAAGGAAGGUGAUGAAUAAAUCAUGUAAGAGACCAAAGGUGAAGAUGAUGAAGUUGAAGGAUAUCUUUUCAGCUAAGCAAGAACAAUCCAGUGUGACAACCAGAAAUGGGGGAGGUGGAAACAAUGUGACUAGUAUUGGAAAUUGUAAUUCUGUUCAACACAAAGCAAAUAUUGGGUCGAAUCAUUUUGAAGCAAAUCCAACUGAGAGGAACAGGAACUUGAGUGCAAAACUAUCUGCCACUAAUCCUAAACUUGCAAAUGAGGAAAGUGAUGAUGCAAAAGAACAAAGAAGAAAGCAAUCAGAGGAGGAAUCAGCUAAGCGAUCAAGGAUGAAGAUGAAGAUGGAAUGUGAAAGGCUACAUGCUUCCAUUAAAAAUCUAUAUGCCAAAAAUGCUGCACUCAGAAAAGAGCUUCAUGACCGUAUGGAUGAGUGUGAUAAGAUGAUAGAAGAUAACGAUUCCUUACUGGAUGAACUCAAUGAGAUGUUUGGUAAAGAAAAAGUAAUGGAAGGUUUGAAUAUGAAGUCUGCUGAAUCAGAUGCUGAUGAUGAUGAUCAAAACUCUAAUGACAGAUGA